AUGACGCCAAAAGCGCUGCCUGGCGGGCCAGGGUCUCCGAUAAAUUCAAACAUCGUCCACUCCCGCAAACUCCGCGCAACACUACAACCAACUGCUUACAGAGCUCGAUCAACCGUUAACCAGAGGAGCCAUACCAACCCUACCUCUUCGCUAUUCAUACGUCUGCUCUCUGGUCUCUACCUACAAUGGCUUCCUACGAAGUUAGUUAUACGAUUUCUCACUCAGUGGAAACUAAUAACUGUCAUAGUCGAGCACCCCACAACUGGCGAUAACAGCUCCUCUACCAAUAACUCCCGGCUAACCAGCUCUCGUCGCUCAGCUCGCCCUGACCUGUCUACAUUCUUCGCCACACUCAAUGAAAUCAGUCCUAACCAAGGCAGUGAAAGGACACGACCCUAUGCAGUGCCGGUACCAGGCGAUGUGAGCGCUGCAUUUAGGUCUCUUGCAGAGGCAUUCGAUGUUAUGAGACGCAGCGGGGAUAAUGCGCCGCUACCAGUUUAUGACGGGCGAGACCCUGAAAUGCCCGACGCUGGGCAAGGACAAUUGAUAGAAGAGAUGAUUCGGGCCCUGCUUCAGGACGCAGAAGCUCCUCCACGAGAAGUAGAAGGUGUAUCAGAGGAGUUUUGCGAUAGUAUGUGUGACUCUUUUGCUGGAUUGCGAAUAGCUACUCACCAUGUGCCCUUCAUAGUGCUUGACCGCGUUCCUAAGACGAGGCUAAAGCAAUCCCAAACAUGUCCAAUAUGCAAUAACCCAUUUUUAGAAGAUUCGCAUCCUUUAGUUGUCAGGCUCCCCUGUCAUACAUCGCAUAUUUUUGACUUGGAAUGUGUACGCCCUUGGCUCCGACUUAGAGGAACAUGCCCUCUUGAUAGGACAGAUUUUGGAAAGAAGGAGCGCCAAAAGGAACAAGAGAGGUUGGAAAGACUCAUGAAAAAGUCUGGCGGGAUUGAUGACGAUGACGAGGAGGGGGAGUGGGAUGGAAUGUAUGCGUAA